AUGGAGUUGCCAGGGACGACGGACCGCAAGGAGUUCACGUCAUUUAAACGGAAACUGGCCGAGCAUUUCUCAACGGACUCGCUGUUUUUCGAGCACGACAGCUACAGAGUCCGGGAAGCGCUGCGGCACGUGUCGCAAAGUCUUACCGACCGCUGGAUGAUACACUCGCAGGGGACGGGCAAUGAAUCGUGGCUGCAGUUCCAUUCCUUUCUCUAUCAACAGCUGCCGACGACUCGGUAUAUAGCCAGCUACGCGGAGUCGCUCUAUCAGCACGCUCAAAAGCGAGAGAACCAAUCCGUUCACCAAUUCACGCGCCACCUCGGCGGCUUGGAGGCGGUCAUGCCACAUCUCUUUGACGAAGCCGAGCGAUCUCACAAGUUGUGGGAGGGCAAUUUGCCGGAAAUCUGCCAGAUUUCGGAGUUACAUCCUAACGAAGACUCGCUCCAUGCCUUGGUAGCCUCCUUGGAGAAGGCGGAGGCUUCGCUGCCCGAGAGGGUACGGGCACUGGGAGGAACCAUCCCCCCGAGAGGGCAUCCUAACAGGAGGUCGAAAAGACGACGCAGGUGA